ACUUGCGACUUGCCAGUCUGAACGCUGGGUACUUAGGAGGGUGCCCCAGCCCUGACCUGACCAUUGCUUACCGGCAGCCAUGGUGACCACUCGUAGCCAGUCCCUUAGGGUUCCCCAGCGCUCCUAUGGCCAACUCCAGAAUACAUGGGGGGAACCCGGGCUGAGCCCUGCCAUCCCCGAGGGGUACCAGCAGGCGCCCCGAUUCCAGAGGUCCCUAAGCUUCCGGCACCGGAGGGAGAAGUCCCGCUCCCGGGGUCUGGAAAGUAGUGCUGGCCCCCCUGAAGGGCUGGACCUGUCUCCUCAUGAGAUCCCCGCUGUGGGCCUGGGGGACACCGAACAGCUGAUCCAAGGCAAGAAUCGGGGGAGCUGGAGAAUACGACAGUACAAGAAGGUAAAUUAUGCCCUGAGAAGAACAUGGGAGAACUUUGUGGCCAACCUGCCGGGGGUGACUUUCAGCCAGUCAACAUCGCCUAGUCCCCCGCUGGACAUUACCAGGUGAAGGAGGCCCGAUGUUCCUGGGAGGACACCGCUGCCGCCCAACUCCUCUGGGACCUUUUGUUGAGACUGUUCCAGACCCCCAAACGGACCACUGUGGCCUCUUCCAGAUGAGCUGUUCCAUUCAGUUCUUGGCACUUUAUAUAGAAAAGGAUAAAUCUGGUCAUUUAUAGACGUUGCUUCCCUCAGCCUUAACAGUAUUUCUUCAUGGAGCUUAGCCAGACCAUUUGCAAAUUAGCCAGCCUUUUGCAGAUCGUGCAUUCCCUCUUUGUCCUUGAUCCAUUGGCUUCCUUCUUCUUCUUCUAAACCUUUCCCUUCCAUCUUGAUUCCAAGACAGAAGAGCAGAGCACUAAGGGCUAGGCAAAAGGGGCUCAGGGUCUCACAGCUAGGAAGUAGCUGAGGUCAGAUUUGAACCCAGGACCUCCCAUCUCCAGGCCUUAGCUGGCUUCCUUCUUGAAGAGGCUGAUUCUCAAGAAGCGGGGUGUGCUAGAGCCCCAAAGGCUUGGAAAUCAGAGGCAGCUCCUCUCUCUGGGGUUCUGACCUCUAAAGAGGUGGCCAGGCCUUGGCUCUUACAGCAUUCUGGCAUCUCCAACCUAGGAAGCCCUAAGGAGGCCGCAGGGAUCUCUUGCCCUGUUAUGACCAGCGAGGACACCAAGAACCUAGAGACUGGAGGCUUGGUGAAGCCAAACUCCUGGCCGAAAUCCUCCCUGGACCCCUCCUCGCUGCUCAUUAAACAGGGCACUCCAUUUCCUGCCUCGACAUUUUCAUGCCUGCAGUGCUGUCCCCCCUCAUCUCUGCCUCCUGCUUCCCAGCUAAAAUCCUGCCUUCUCCAGGAAGCCUUUCUUGAUUGCCCUAAUUCUUGGGCCGGCCGUCCCUCUGCAGAUGACCUCCAAUUUAUCAUGUGGACACAGUUCUUUGCACGCCGUCUCCCCUAUUAAAUUGAGAGCUCUCGAGAGCAGGGCCUCUCGUUUGCCUUCCUCGGUGGCACAUAGUAGGCAUUCAUCAAGUGAAAGCCUGGCCUCUUCUACCUCCCUCUUUCUCUGCGUGGGGCGGAGGAUCCAAGGCCUUGACUGAUGGAAUGGAAUGGCAGAGGGCCGCCAGCCUCUAGGACCUAGGACUGCCUUUCCUGAGGAUUCCACGCGCAGGAUGGUUCUGCCAGGCCUUCUGGGUGCGCCAGGAGGGGUGAGAGAGACAGAGGAAGGGGGCUCCGUCCGUGCUGAAUUCCUGCUGUUUCCAUGGCCUCCCCUCCGGGCCGAGGCCCCGGGCAUCCCUGGGGGAUUCUGGGCCCUGCGUGACUGUGGAUCCUCCCCCACCCCUCCGUCAAGGCCAGCUGUGGCUGCCCCUCCCAGCCUGGCCCCAUUUACAAUGCGACAGUCGGUGUCUCGCCUCUGUUCUGUUCCGGAUAUGAAUCACUCGUUCAUUUGUUCCAUUUAAUAAAAACCAGAUGCUAUC